CUGUGUGUCCAGAAGUGACCAUGACCUCCCUGAGGACAGUGACAUCUCCACUCCCCACAACCUCCCAAACCCUUCUGACCUCCACUCCCAGCACACCCAGGGGCUCCCACUCCUCACCCUCCUCGGGUCCUGUCAAGCCAGAGCCAGGAGUCCCCCUCUUCCCGUAUGGGGUAAGCCACGGAGACCGGCACUUUGUCAGGAUUGCUGUGGACUUUACCUCACAGCUCUUCAGGAUCAAGAUUGGCUUCCCCCUCGGCUCCUCUCUGUGGGAUUCCUUCUAUUUCACAGAUAAUGGCCAGAUCUUUUUCCCGGAGUCGGACUACCAGAUCUUCCCCUACCCUAACCCACCCCCAGGAGGCUUCACAGGACGAGACCCUGUCGCCACCGUGGCUCCAUUCUGGGAUGACGCUGAUUUCUCCAGCCAGAAGGGAGAAAUCUUUUAUCAGGAAUAUGAGACACUCUACAAUGAACCCAACUGGUUAGUCCAGCAGGUGGAGACUUGGAUUAAAAACUUCACAAAUUCGUGGGGCUACAAAGCCAGGUGGACCCUAAAGGUCACAUGGGUCAAUGUCUCUCCCUACCCUGCUCAGAGGACCUCUGGGACCAAUACCUACCAAGCCAUCCUGUCCACGGAUGGCAGCAGAUCCUAUGCCCUGUUUCUGUACCAGAGCGGUGGGAUGCAGUGGGAUGUGACCCAACACCAGGGCAACCCGGUCCUCAUGGGCUUCUCCAGUGGAGAUGGCUAUUUUGAGAACAGCCCGCUGAUGUCCAGGCCACUGUGGGAGAAGUAUCGUCCAGACCAGUUCCUGGAUCCCAAAUUAGGCGUCCGGAGGCUGCAGAUCUACAGGCUGCACAGGGAGGAGAGGCCCAACUUCCGCCUCAGGUGCCUGCAGCGGCUGAGCAGCCAGCAGCUGAGCAGCCAGGCGCCCAGCUGGGCCCGGAGGCCAAUCUUCUGUCCUUGCUCCUGGCAACAGGGACGAUGGGACUUGAGGUUCCAGCCCCUCAGGAUAGGCAGCUGGGGUCCCCAUGGCCAGCACCUGUGCAGCUUCUCCUGGAGUGGUGGCGUGUGCUGCAGCUACGGGCCCUGGGGGGAGUUUCGGGAAGGCUGGAGCAUGAAGAGUCCGGAGCUGCUUGGCCGGGAACUAGAGACGCAGAACUGGUGCUGCCGCUGGAACGACCACCCCCGCUUCUGUGCCUUGUACCACGAGCAGUGGCCCCAAGUCGGCUGCGCCGCCUACAGGCCCCCGAGGCCCGCCUGGAUGUUUGGGGACCCCCACAUCACCACCUUGGAUGACACCUCUUUCACCUUCAAUGGGCUGGGGGACUUCCUGCUGGUCCGCGCCUGGGGCAGCAACUCCUCCUUCCUCCUCGAGGGCCGUACUGCCCAGACCGGCUCUGCCAGUGCCACUAACUUCAUUGCCUUUGCCACUCAGUACGAGGCCGGCAGACUGAACCCCAUCACAGUCCAGUUUCUCCUGGGGCCCAAUGACACGGUCCACGUUCUGCACAAUAACGGGAGUGUGACAUUUGAGACUAGCCAGGAAGAUGCUGAAGGCACAGAAAUGUUCAAUGCCACCGGAGUCCUGCUGAUGCGCAAUGGCUCCCUGGUCUCAGCCAGCUUUGACGGCACGGUGACCAUCUCGGUGACUGCUCUCUCCAACAUCCUGCACGCGGUGUCCAGCCUCCCAGAGGAGUACUGGGACCACACCAAGGGCCUCCUAGGGGUCUGGAACAACAACCCAGAAGACGGCUUUAGGAUGCCCAAUGGCUCCUGUGUUCCCCACAACAGCUCAGAGGAGAUGCUUUUCCACUAUGGGAUGACCUGGGCCCUCAAUGGAACAGGCCUCCUUGGCAUGAGGCAUGACCCGCUGCCUUCCAACUUCACCCCCAUCUUCCUUUCCCAACUGUCGAAAAACUCCCCUCUGGCCUCUGGGUGUGAUGGGGACAAGCAGUGCAUCUAUGACACGCUGGCCACUGGAGACACCCAAGCCAGCCUUCACACCAGGGAGCUUUUCAGAAUGAACCAGCUGAUGAACGCCACCCUCAAUCAGUUCCCGCCCUCCAUCAGUGAUUGCCAUGUGAUGGAAGCCUACAAGGACAAGACCUCCCAGUUUCAGUGCACCAGCAACUCUGAGAAUGUCACCUUUGAGCUCCAAGGGAACCACACCUCCUUCCAGAUCCUCAAGAAUGGGACUUUGCUGUGGGCCCCAAACUCACCAGAACCAGUCACCCUGGAGAUUCUAGUGCAAGACCCCAAGACUGGCUUGUCAUCUGUCCUCCAGCCCAAGACAGUGGCCCGCUUUUGCAGUUCAAGGAGCCAGUGUCUGUACAACCAGACCCGCCGGGUGGGCAACUCCUCCCUAGAGGAGGCCAGCUGCCAGUGUGGCAAGGACACCUUUGGUCGCCACUGUGAACGCUCCAAGGACCCCUGUGAUGAGCGGUGCUUCCCGAAUGUGCAGUGCAUCCCUGGGAGGGGCUGUGGCGCCUGCCCCCGGUUCAUGACUGGGGACGGGAGGCACUGCACAGCCCUGGUGGACCCACUUCUCUGUCAGAACAAGUCCUGCCCGGUGAAUUACUGCUACAACCACGGCCACUGCUUCGUGUCCCAGACUCAGGGCUGCCAGCUGGCUUGUACCUGUCCCCCAGCCUUCACAGAUGCCCGCUGCUUCCUGGCAGGGAACACUUUUGUUCCCUCUGUCCUUGGAGAACUUCCUGUGAGGCCCAUCCAGCUGUCGCUCCGUGAGGAGGAAAAUGCCACCAAGGAGGACGUGAAUGCCUCGGUGGCAUACAGGCUGGAGCACCUGGAUGUGCGGGCCUUCCUCCGGAAUAGCCAUGUGGAGCACAGCCAUUCCAUAGCACUGCCCUCAGGACUCUCCAUCCAGCACUGGAAGGUAGUCUCGGAGUUCGGGUACCGUCCCAGGGGCCCUGUCAUCCACUUCCUGAACCAGCAGCUCCUGGACGCCGUGGUCAGGGCCUUCCUCACGCAGGAGUGGGGUGCGAGACAGAAGAGCAGCCCGGAGGCCCGGAACAAUGUGGCCUUCCAGCCCAUCAGCAGGAAAGAUGUGUCCGAUGGCCAGGCUCGGCUGAACACGAGCAACCUGGGCUUGUACUUCAAAUGCUAUGGUUACGAGGGUUACCACCUAGUCUACAGACCCCAGAAUGGCCUCACCUGCGUGUCCCCAUGCAGUGAGGACCACUGUCAGCAUGGAGGCCAGUGCCAGCACCUGCCCGAUGGGCUGCACUGCAGCUGCGUGUCCUUCUCCAUCUACACGUCCUGGGGUGAGCGCUGCGAGCACCUGAGCAUGAAACUCGGCGCGUUCUUCGGGAUCCUUUUCGGGUCCCUGGGCGCCCUCGUGCUGCUGGGGGUCGUGGUCUGGGUGGCCCUGCGCCUGAGGGGCCUGUCCAAGGCCGAGUACCCACUGCCCUUGGAGAACUGAGGCCUCGCCCAGGAGGCAGCCGUGCCUAGGAGGCUUGGUGGACGCCAUCCUCCCCGGCACACUCAGGUGCCAUUGUCUUGGGGACACUGGAUGGGGAGGGGAUGCAGGUGAUCGGGAACACUGCAAGAGGAGCGGAUGACAGAGGGCUUCUGAUUGGUGUCCUACAGUGUUACACCCAAGCCCACAGAAGAGGCCGUGAAGUCACACCAAUGAGUGGGUUCUCACCCAGAACACCCAGGAGGAAGUCACUGGCCUGUGUGGGAACAUGUGUGUGCAAGCUACACACACACACACACACAUACACACAGGAAAGUUGUUCUAAGUUAACUAAACUGCUUUUGCACACAAAACUCUGGUUUACUUCUGAUUAAAGUCUAUUUAAAUAAAUAAUCCGACCUUUUUGCCUCCAAACUAUGGAUUCCAUCCCCAAUUUUCCUCAAGAGCUAGUCUCAGGGCAUUCUCCCAAUCCUGAGAAGGUACAGGGUGUGGAGUUAAAAGUUCAGCAGCUGACAGGACUAGGAGUUGACUAGACCCACUGACCUCAGCUCUGAGUUACUUCGUGCUGGGAAGCCUUGACUGCCACAGCCCUGACCUGGGUUCUUGCACCUGCCUCUAAACCGUCUUUCCCCACCCCAAACCCAGGCUUUGAUGUUCUAGGUGUGGUUUGUCUUCAAAUUUCGAAUGCAGGGGACUCCUCAGCAUGGCCAUGUUGAGGUGGUAGAACAUUUAAGAGGUUGGGCCUCCUGCAAGAUAUUCAGGUUGUGGGUGGGGUAUCACCCUCAGAAGAGAUUAAUGGGCUUCUUAAAGGAUCCCCAAUUAGUUCCCUGGAGAGUGUGUCCUUAUACAGUGAAGACACCCCAUGCCCUUGGCCCCUUCUGCUGAGGCUUGUUCCUUCCUCUUUCUGUGCCAUGUUGUGAUUGGGCCAAGGAAGCCCUCACCAGGGCAAACAGAUGAGGCUGCUCAGUCUUGGGCUUCCAGCCUCCAAAACUGUAAAUAAGUCCUGCUGCAGGCAUUUUAUUAUAGAAACAUAAAAUGGUGGGAGAGGUGGUGUAUUUGUCACUUUCUGUCACUGG